GGACGUACUAUACGUACGGCACAUAACAAGUACUGUAACGUCACUUAUAAGCACACAAUACUGUUGUAAACAUAUGUAAAUGUUAUCAUAACAAACAGCUAAGCAAUUAAACGCCGGCUAAAUAGUAAUUGUACUGCCAUUAUAACAAUCAUAUAGUAAAGUGACCUAGGUCAACACCUGCGACCAAUGAAGGCCCUGAUACUAGUGGGCGGGUACGGCACCCGACUCAGGCCACUGACACUAUCGCAACCCAAACCACUCGUCGACUUCUGUAACAAACCGAUGAUUUGUCACCAAAUCGAGGCACUCGUACAGGCUAAUGUGAAGCACAUAAUACUGGCCGUCAGCUAUCGGGCGGAGCUCUUGGAGAAGGAGAUCAAAGUGAAGGAGCGGGAGUUGGGAAUCACGAUCACGAUAUCGCACGAAGAACAGCCGUUGGGAACCGCCGGCCCGCUAGCGCUGGCCAGGGAUCUGCUGACCGCCGACUCGGAGCCAUUCUUCGUGCUAAACAGUGAUAUUAUCUGUGAUUUUCCGUUCAAACAAAUGCUGGACUUUCAUAGAGGCCACGGCCGACAGGGAACUAUUGUGGUGACUCGUGUGGAGGAGCCGUCCAAAUACGGUGUCGUUGUCUACGACGACAAGAGCGGCCAAAUUGACCGCUUCGUGGAGAAGCCGUCGGAGUUUGUGUCUAAUAAGAUCAACGCAGGAAUGUAUUUGUUUGAGACAUCGGUUCUGGACAGGAUUGAGUUGCGGCCGACAUCGAUUGAGACGGAAGUGUUCCCGCGAAUGGCCACCGAUGGCCACCUGUACGCGUACAACUUGUCGGGCUUCUGGAUGGACGUCGGGCAGCCCAAGGACUUCCUCACCGGUAUGUCUCUGUACUUGAACUCAUUGAGACAAUCGGCGGACAAGUCGGCACUCCUGCGCCCGCCAUCCAAAGGCAUUGUGGGCAAUGUGUUGGUCGACCCGACGGCACAGAUUGGCCACAAUUGUCGUAUCGGUCCCAACGUUACCAUUGGACCAAAUGUGGUGAUCGAAGACGGCGUGUGUAUUAAGAAGUGCACGAUUCUCGGCGACUCUACCAUUAAGUCUCACUCAUGGCUCGAGUCCUCUAUUGUCGGCUGGAAGUGUGUCGUCGGACAGUGGGUCCGAAUGGAAAACGUGAGUGUUUUGGGCGAAGACGUGAUCGUGAAGGACGAGGAGAUAGAUUUACCGCGGUUUCAUAACGGGGUAUUUCACUAGAGUGUUAGCCAA